AUGUUUGAAAAAAACGUACGUGAGGUGGAGGUAGAUGACGACUUCGACGCUGCGGAACUAGCAAGGAUGAGCGGAGGCUACAGCGGUGCUGAUAUCAAGUAUGGCUCUUCUUAGUAGGUGAAAGUAGAUUAGUUCUUUGUCUUUCACUCUGCCUGGUGCAACUCGUAGUUGUAAUAAUGCAUUUCUCGUUCAUCUUGAAAGUGGAACAUGCUCUCUCUCUCGCAUAUACAACUUCAUCUUUCAAAAUUUCUAAGCUAAAUCCGUCUGCCGCGAAGCAUGUAUGGCGCCACUUCGUCGAGGUCUGCUUGGGCUGACAGCUAUGCAGAUACAGAUGAUGCGUGCAGAGGGAAAAAUCGACAAACCGCAACCAGUGACACAGUUAAGGCUUAAUGCCCAAAGUCAAUGCCCAAAGUCAUCUUUUUCGAAGGAAGCAUCUUUCUUCGGCGUGCGCUUUCUGAUAAGUGAGUAGGCCAACGCGGCCUAUACCACUAAGCCACUAACGCUUUAGUUCAAGGGGAAAAUAAUUGAAGAUGCGCUUCAAGAAGAUGAAUAUGGGUAAUUUCUAAAGCAGAAAGACUUCGUAAACGCUCUCAUCAACGUCUUACCGAGUGUAGGACAGAGCGAUGUCGAAAGGUACGAGGCAUGGAGUAGCGAGUUCGGGAGCCGAUAGUACGGUGGAAUCUUGGAAAGACGAGAGUGGGAUAUUGGAGAUCGAAGAGGGUUUUAUAGGAUUCUGCCUUUGUGGGUGGAAUAUUGAUAUUGCCGAUAGGACUCACCGGAGGCGUUGCACAGGGCUCCAGCCUGCCUUCGAAGGUGAGACCUAUGGGGCUGACAAGACUACGAAAGCGCCGGCGCUUAGUUAGUUUUUUUAGGUCGAUAAUCUUUGCUUUAUCUAAAUUUCCUUUUUUUCCUAGUUAGGUCUGCUCCACCACAAAUAUUGCCUCUAGGAUGGACUACGGAUGCCGCUGGAGGAAGUCUGAUCUAGACCUCUUUUCAUUCUCCGGGCGCAUCAAGAAACCAAUACUCCUUGUACUACGAAACAUGAACAUGACACCUAAAAAAGACGAUAAAUGACACGUUUCCUCUCCUGGUUGUGUUCGAGUGGUGCUGCAAUAUUCUUAGUUUAAUGUUGUAGAAUAACUUUCCUGAAAAGUUUGGAG